UAUGCAUUCGACGUACAUAACAUAACCAAAAAAAGUUACAUAGCAAAAUAUUUACUGCUAUUUUUUGAGUGAUACAAAAUGUUAUUUAGUUAUAAUAAAUUUGAUAAAUCGAUGUAUUUGAAAUGGGACAUCGUGCAAAUGAGAAAGAUAUAAUGAUAGCUCACCUAGAAAAUCCCGUGGCACCUCUUCUAUAUAUAGGAUUUAUUUUUAGGUUGGAGCUAGCCAUAGUUCGUAUCAAGAAUCUGUUUCAACGUUGAAUUUCUAGGAGAAAUAAAAAUGGCAAAUGACUUAAUUCUUCGGGGUAAAGACAAACUCCAUGAAAUUAGUAUGAAAUUAGAACAAAGUCAUCUGGCUUAUCUACAAACUGAUGAUAGUCCUUUAAAAUUAGAUCAACGUCGUAAACUAGAAGGAUUUAUCAAGGAGUACCUCUACCUUGUUCCUAAUGAAAGUAAAUAUAUGUUUCAUGAAACAGCAGAUAUUUUACGUAGAUCCGCUGCUACAUUACAAGAUUUUAGCGGUUACAGAGCUGCCACUGCUUGGAGUGCUAUUUCUUUAUACGCUGCAAAUCUUGUUGCACAACCUUGGAGAAAAGAGUAUAGGAUAUUACGGAUUUACAGUGGAUUUUACAAACAUGAAGUACAAGCUAAUUUAAUAGGAGCAGAAUUGAUGUUUGAACAGAUGGGAUAUAAACAUGCAGGCAGGGAAGUGCUUGUUUUAGAAGGUCCGAUAGAUCCAGAUAAAGUAACUAAUGUUAGUAGAGAUGCGAUAGUGGCUUUUGUAGAAUGUCAGGUUUUAAAACAGAUAUGGGAAUGUGUUUCAAAGAAUUAUACAAUAUCUUGGCUAGAGGUUCUGGAAUUCCGUGAGAAUCAUGUUGGAACUCCUGAACAAGCUAUCAGAGCUUUGAAUCAACGUUUUCUGGAAAAAUUACACCAAAGUCGUGUAAAAGUUGAUAUGUAUAGAAACUAUCAUUAUCCACAACUUGCAACCAUGAAUACAGUACCACCACCUAUUAAUUAUCAUAUGCCAUCUAAUAAUUACAGUAUACCACCAUGUCCCUCAGACUAUAGAUGUAUUAAUGAUGCAAAUGUGAUAUCUAAAAAUUACCAUUAUUUUAAUUCAAUGGAUCAUGGCAUGCUAAAUUGUUAUGGUACAUAUGGAUGUAUGCCACCUGGAAAUAAAUGUGGUAAUAUUUAUAAUAAUCCCUAUUAUCCUACAGUACAAGCAUAUACAACAAGAGUACCUGCAAACAGGCUAGUAGAGCUUAAUAUGCCACUUCCAGUCGAGAAUUACGAUAAAACGUGUAGAAAAUCAUCGCAAAGAACUUUUAAUAUGGACGAAGUGGAUUUUCAUAAAAGGCAGCCUAUUGAUUCGGAUUAUGAUUAUGCUAAAGUUGAUAAAAAAUAUAUAAAACCAUAUUCGAACAUAGAGAAGAAUACACAUGAAAGUUGGGACUUUGUUUAUAAAAAUUUAGAAAGUCAGGGAUAUUCAAAGGAUCUUGGUGAUAGAGAAGAUAUUUUAAAUAAAACAGAGCCAGAUUUAGGAUUCCUCAAGCAGAAGCCAUUAAGGUCUUCUGAAAACGAAGAAAAGUAUUGUAUUUAUCGAUUGGAGAAAGAAAAAAGUGGAAGAGAUGUAAAAGAUAUUAACAAUCAUAUCACAAAUGGACGAAAACACCAUCAUGAUACAUUAUCAAUUAAAAAGAAAUCUUCUUCUUUUGAUUUAUCAGAUUCAAAUAGAUAUCAUAAUGAUACUACAAUAGAAAAUCAGUCAUAUUUAUAUGGUACAGUGAAAAAACAUGAUAGUCGAAUUUUACCCAUACAACGAUCGCAUCAUUCGUCUGAACAGAUUUCAAGGAUUACCAAUUCAAUUAAUAAUCUGGAAUUGUCAGAAUCCAAAAAAGAAACUAAUAGCGAAGAUAAAAAUAAAUGGAAUUGUGCAACUUGCACCUUCUUAAAUUCACCUAAGAGAGAAAUUUGUGAAAUGUGUAUGAAAUCUAAAUUUAAAGGAAAUGAAGAUAAACCACUAGCAAGUGGUGGUAAAGAAUGCCCAAAGUGUACAUUAGUAAAUGAGAAAAAUGUUUCUGUCUGUGAAGCGUGUAAUACAAGUUUGAAAGAUUCUCCAACUUACAUAUAAAAGCAUUGUCUCUUUAUAAAAAGGUAAUAUUUUAUUUCUGAAUAUGAUUUACUUAUGAGGAGAAGUAUAUGAUUUAUAUGGUCCUUGCAAAAAAAGAUGAAGUUAUUUCCAAAUUAAGACAAACAUGUGUUAAUAUUAUCUACAUAUAGACUUCAGUUAUAACGUAAAAACCUUUAGAAAGUAUUGUUAUGUAAUAUACUACUUAAAUAUUUAAAUUUGAAGUAGGGAAAAUAUGAAGUUAUUUACUUUAAUUUCUAAUGUGCAAAUAGGCUUGUGAUAUCAAUAUAUUAGUAUUAUUAUACUGAUGUGGUGGCCUAUAAAAUAUCUCUAAUAUGAUUAAUACAAAUCUAAAAUAUAGACGAACUAUGAUAUUACACACAUGAUUAUACAGAAGUUAAUUUCAUAUUAAACUUUUAAAGAGAUUUUUAUUGUAUUACUCUACUUUAUUUAUUUAAUGAAGAGUAGUAUAUAUAGAAAAUCUCGUUUAAAAAUAUAAACAUUAACUAGUAACUUUCUUAUGUGCUUAUAAUGAUUAAUUUUUCAGGCUUCUAUUAGUUAAUAUAUAACUGUAGCAUUAUUAAUAAUAAUGGAAUGUAGUUACUUUUCACACAUGCCAUAUAUUAUCAUAUAAUAACUUAUAAAAUAAUUUAUUGCACAAUAAUUGGGGUAAAACUCCUUGUUAUGUAGUGAUGAAGACUAUUGAAGAUGAGUUGCCUUGAUUGUACAAGAAUCUAAAAAUGUAACCACUGUUAUCUUAAAGAAUGCCAAAUAGAUGCAAUAUCUGUUUA